UCUGAUUUUCGCACUCCAAAAAAAAGGCGCAAACCUAUCGUUUUCACUGUAACCGAUCUGAUACCGGUAACCCCAAGCUUCACCCACGGCCGGCAAACUCAUCGGAAUCGAGAAAUUAGAAUCCUGAGCCUUCAGGCUUCGGAUCGCCGUCGACGUCGCCAAAAUCAAAUACAGAAAACUUGAUUUAUACCCUCGGCCAAAAAAUCUGGAGCACAAUUCGCGUCCCAAAUUCAGCUGCGUAUUGGAGUGGUGCGGUGAAUCGUGGAGUUAUGCUUUGCGAAUGCGUUAGGCGUAUUGGAGUGGUGCGGUGAAUCGUGGAGUUAUGCAUUGCGAAUGCGUAAUUGCCUUGUGUAGGUAGAAGUUGGGUGGAGCAGGAGGAAGUUUAGUUCUGUUAAGGAUGGGGCGUCUAAAGCUGCAGAGUGGGAUCAAGGCAGUUGAGGGAGAGCCCAAUGACACUAAUGGAAUCUAUUCUGAUAAAGCUACUUUAGCAUGCAUCAUUAAUUCAGAGAUAGGUACUGUGUUGGCGGUUAUGAGGAGGAAUGUGAGGUGGGGAGGGCGCUAUGCGUCGGAUGAUGAUCAGAGGGAACACUCUCUAAUCCAGUCUUUGAAAGCUUUGCGCAAGAAGAUUUUUUCAUGUCAGCAUCAGUUGAAUACAAUCAGUCCUGCUGUGUACCUCCAGCCAUUUCUUGAUGUGAUUAGAUCGGAUGAAACUGGUGCACCAAUCACUGGAGUCGCUCUGGCAUCUGUUUACAAUAUCUUGACGCUUGAUGUGAUUGAUCAGAAUUCUGUCAAUGUUGAAGAUGCUAUGCACUUGUUAGUUGAUGCUAUCACUGGCUGCCGGUUUGAGGUGACUGACCCUGCAUCAGAAGAAGUUGUACUUAUGAAGAUCCUGCAGGUUCUUCUGGCUUGCAUGAAGAGUAAAGCUUCUUUUAUGUUGAGUAAUCAGCAAGUUUGCACUAUUGUGAAUACAUGUUUCCGUAUAGUUCAUCAAGCAGGAUCGAAAGGUGAGUUGUUGCAACGGAUAGCUCGCCACACAAUGCAUGAGCUUGUUAGAUGUAUUUUCUCACACCUUCCAGAUAUCUGCAGGACUGAAAAUGCAUUGGCAAAUGGAAGCAGUUUCUUGAAACAAGAGACUCUGGGGCUCAACAAUGAGCAUGCACUUGAGAGUAGACUAUUGGAUAAUGGCAUCAGUUCUGAGUUUGGCAGUCAACUAUUAUCCACAAAUCCUGCUUUUCAUGCUUCACCAGGUGUUGUAGAAUCUAGGAUGGGUGAGAAGACAACUGGGACUUCUGACGGGAAAGAUGCUGUAGAAAAUGACUUGAAUCUCAUGACUGAGCCUUUUGGGGUUCCCAGUAUGGUGGAAAUAUUUCAGUUUCUUUGUUCUUUGUUAAAUGUUGCUGAGAAUAUAGGUUUGGGUCCUAAAUCUAAUACCAUAGCAUUUGAUGAAGAUGUGCCUCUUUUUGCCUUGACCCUGAUUAAUUCGGCUAUAGAGUUGGGUGGGUCCUCUAUUCAGCAUCAUCCCCAGUUACUGGGUUUGGUUCGCGAUGAAUUGUUUCAAAAUCUAAUGCAAUUCGGCCUGUCAACAAGUCCACUUAUUCUUUCAAUGGUGUGCAGCAUUGUUCUUAAUUUGUAUCACCAUCUGCGCACUGAACUCAAACUUCAGCUUGAGGCUUUCUUUUCCUGCGUGAUAUUGAGGCUUGCACAAAGCAGGUAUGGAGCUUCUUAUCAACAGCAGGAGGUAGCCAUGGAAGCUCUUGUUGAUUUCUGCAGGCAGAAAAAUUUCAUGGUGGAGAUGUACGCUAACUUAGACUGUGACGUCACUUGCAGUAAUAUCUUUGAAGAACUUGCUAGUUUGUUGUCAAAGAGUGCAUUUCCUGUUAAUAGCCCUCUGUCUUCCAUUCACAUUCUUGCUUUGGACGGUCUUAUUGCUGUUAUUCAGGGAAUGACAGAGAGGGAAGAGAAUGGAUCUAAUUGUUUAUCUGAUCCUCCAGUGACUCUUGAAAAGUAUACUCCAUUUUGGAUGGUGAAGUGUGACAACUACAGCGAUCCUAAUCAAUGGGUUCCAUUUGUUCGCCGGACAAAGUUCAUAAAGCGAAGGUUGAUGACUGGUGCCGAUCAUUUUAAUCAUGACCCAAAGAAAGGGCUGGAGUUCCUCCAAGGAAUUCAUCUCUUGCCUGAUAAACUUGAUCCUCAAAGUGUAGCUUGGUUUUUCAGGUACACAGCUGGGUUGGACAAGAAUCUUAUUGGGGACUUCUUGGGAAAUCAUGAUGAUUUUUGCAUUCAGGUUCUCCAUAAAUUUGCUGGUACCUUUGAUUUCGAAGAUAUGAAAUUAGAUACUGCACUCCGAAUUUUCUUGGAAACGUUCAGAUUACCGGGUGAAUCACAGAAAAUACAAAGGGUGCUUGAAGCAUUCUCAGAGAGAUACUAUGAGCAAUCCCCACUCAUUCUAGCUGACAAGGAUGCUGCUCUUCUCUUAUCAUAUUCAAUCAUAAUGCUCAAUACAGAUCAGCAUAAUGUUCAGGUGAAGAAGAAGAUGACAGAGGAGGAUUUCAUUCGAAAUAAUCGGCACAUUAAUGGAGGCGAGGAUCUCCCAAGAGAGUUCCUAUCAGAGCUUUACCACUCAAUUUGCAAGAAUGAGAUCCGCACAACUCCAGAACAAGGUGCUGGUUUUCCUGAAAUGACCCCAAGCAGAUGGAUUGAUUUGAUUCACAAAUCCAAGAAGAAUGGUUCAUUUAUUGUAUCUGAUUCCAGAGCCUACCUUGAUCAAGAUAUGUUCUCUAUAGUGUCUGGGUCUACAAUUGCUGCUAUAUCUGUGGUAUUUGAUAAUGCUGAAGAGGAAGAGGUUUUCCCAACAUGUCUUGGUGGCUUUUUAGCUGUUGCAAAGAUUUCAGCGUGCUAUCAUCUUGAAGAUGUUCUGGAUGAUCUGGUAGUGUCCCUCUGUAAGUUCACAACCCUUUUGAAUUCAUCAUAUCUUGACGAGCCUGAACUAGAAUUUGGUGAUAAUACAAAAGCGAGAAUGUCAACUGUGACAGUUUUCAAAAUUGCCAAUCAGUAUGGCGAUUACAUUCGUACAGGAUGGAGAAAUAUUAUUGACUGUAUCUUAAGAUUACACAAGCUUGGUCUCAUCCCUACUCAUGUGGUUCAAGAUGCAGCUGAUGAGUUAGAGUUUCCCUCUGUGACAGAUCAGGGAAAACCCGUCACAAAUUCUCAAUCUACAAUUCAGACGCCUUCUGUUAGUACUCUUAAGAAGUCCUAUGGAUUCAUGGGCCGGUUUAGUCAACUUUUAUCUCUUGACACAGAGGAGCCAAAAGCACAGCCCACUGAAGAAGAACUCGCUGCUCAUCAGCGCACUGUACAGACAGUUCAAGAGUGCCACAUUGACAGCAUAUUUACUGAGAGCAAGUUUUUGCAGGCUGAAUCCCUCUUACAGCUUUCACAAGCACUGAUCUGGGCUGCAAGCCGACUCCAGAAAGGGAAUAAUUCUGCUGAGGAUGAAGAUACUGUUGUCUUUUGCUUGGAGUUGCUGAUUGCUAUUACCCUGAAUAAUAGGGAUAGGAUUAUGCUUCUUUGGCAGGGUGUAUAUGAGUUCAUAUCGAACAUUGUGCAGUCAACUUUCAUGCCUUCUGCUCUGGUAGAAAAGGCUGUCUUUGGACUUCUUCGGAUUUGCCAGAGGCUGCUUCCCUAUAAGGAAAACCUUGCUGAUGAACUUUUGAGGUCACUGCAGCUUGUCUUGAAGCUCGAUGCUCGGGUUGCUGAUGCAUACUGUGAGCAAAUUACGCAAGAAGUCAGUCGGCUUGUAAAAGCAAAUGCCUCUCACAUCAGAUCUCAAUUGGGGUGGCGCAUAAUUACUUCCCUACUCUCCAUCACUGCUCGGCAUCCAGAUGCUUCUGAGGCUGGUUUUGACGCACUGUUCUUCAUUAUGUCAGGUGGAACUCACUUGUUGCCAGCCAAUUAUGUUCUCUGUGUCGAUGCGUCAAGACAGUUUGCUGAGUCUCGUGUUGGCCAGGCGGAUCGUUCUGUCUGCGCACUGGAUCUAAUGGCUGGUUCUGUUGAUAGUUUAGCAAGAUGGGCCCGUGAGGCUAAGCUAUCAAUGAAUGCGGAGGAUGCUGCUAAAAUGUCUCAGGAUAUCGGGGAAAUGUGGUUGAGGCUUGUUCAGGGAUUGAGAAAAGUUUGUUUAGACCAAAGAGAAGUGGUUAGGAAUCAUGCUUUGUCGUUGUUACGAAACUGCUUGACAGGAGUUGAUGGGAUUCCGCUUCCAUAUGGGUUGUGGUUGCAGUGCUUUGAUCUUGUGAUUUUUACGGUGCUUGAUGAUUUACUUGAAAUUGCACAGGUUCACUCCCAAAAGGAGUACCGCAACAUGGAAGGCACUCUAAUCCUUGCCAUGAAGCUCUUAUCCAAAGUGUUUCUGCAGCUACUUCCUGACCUAUCACAUCUAAGAACCUUCUGUAAAGUUUGGCUGGGGGUUAUCAGUCGAAUGGGAAACUAUAUGAAGGUGAAAGUUGGAGGGAGGAAAAGUGAGAAGCUUCAGGAUGAAGUACCUGAGCUACUUAAGAACACCUUGCUUGUAAUGAAUUUAAGGGGAGUGCUAGUUCAAAAAAGUGGUUCAGGUGAGGAUGGCUUGUGGGAGCAGACAUGGCUGCAUGUAAAUAAAAUUGCUCCAUCUUUGCAAGCCGAGGUGCUUGCACAAAUUCUUGUGCAGUCACAUACUGAGCAGGGUGAAAGAGAGGAAGUAUCGGAUGAAAAGGCUUCUUUACUACCAGCUGAAACAAUACCCUCCGGAGGUUCUGGCAGUGGGGGGUAGUGUCUGGAUUAUUUGCUGCGUUUGAUUGAUCAUGUACUUGGGAGGCAUUGUGUUCUGAAUCUGGUGUUGACGAAAUCGGCCAGCUGACAUCUUAGUCUUGUGGUACAGCUUUUAAAUGUGAAUUAGCAUGGAGAGAACUGAUAUAUCUAUUGUCGGUAUCUUACUGGUAUUCAUCUUCCUUCAAAAUCUAUUCUCCUCUUUGCCUCCAUAUACUGUGUUGUAGUGUAUUCCCCAGAUAAGUAUACUUUUUCUCUCCGGAUAUCAUUUUCUACGUCUCGUUUUCCAUCAGGGUGCUUUCCUUAGAUUACAAUUCUCCCUCCCCAAUUUUGUCAUACUGAGAAUCUGGAAGGGAAUCAAUGAUUUGUUUUGUUCCUAAGAUGGCGAAUAUUUUUUUAUUGAUUUCUUCAACAAUGUACAGAAUUAUUCAAGAUAUGCUAUCUUACAAUAGCAUUUUACA